AAAGAAAAAUUUUAAAAAUUAAAUCCCACCCCCACCCCCUUAUAUAAAUAUGAGGAACCUUCGUUCACAUUUCUCAAACCUCUCAUAAAAACCCCCAAAACCAUAUCAUCUGUUCUCAAAAUCAGAAACUAAAUCCCUAAUUAAUCAACAAUGGCGAAGGGAGGCAAGCUAACGAAAAUCAAGUCCGUCCUGAAGAAAAUGCAGUCAUUCAAGCUCGGCCGCGCCGCCAACCCCAGCUCCAUCGCCGUCGCCAACAUUAAUUCCUCCGACGAUGACAUCUUCGACGACUCGUCCGCCGCCGUCCAGGACCUCCACCCCGUCUACGUCGGAAAGUCGCGCCGCCGCUACUUUAUCUCCUCCGCCGUCAUGGAAAAUCCGCUCUUCCGGGAACUCGUCGACCGGCGAUCCUCCGUCGAGGAAGAUUCGAUCACCGUCGGCUGCGAGGUUGUUCUGUUCGAGCACCUUCUCUGGAUGCUGCCAACAUGGACCCUCUAUAGACGCUCCAAUAUGCCUCGACGCUGCACCUGCCGUCUAGCGAAGGCUUUUUUGAUGCCCCACCCGGUGUUUUUCACCGGGUGUAGCAUCGAAGGAACCCCCAUAGGUGGUGCUGUAUAG